AGCUGCAGAGCAGCACCGCAGAUAUGCGGCAGAAUUAGAAAGGCAAACCUCAGUCUUCUUCAUGUAGUUUAAUCUACUUCCUGAUUUCACAGGAAAUUCAGCCAAUAUCUGCAGAGGCGUACGGGCAGAGUCACACGUUCAAGUGGUUACUAAAAGACUGACCUCUGAGCACUUCCACACACUGUAUGAUGCUCCCAUGUGUGAAAGAGACAGAGAAGAUGGACGACAUAGAUGCCAUGUUCAGUCACCUGCUCGGAGAGAUGGAUCAUCUCUCUCAGAGUUUAAUGUCUGCAGCCGACCCACCAGAAGUGGAUCCUGCCUCACAGACAGAGAGCACCUUCUCCAUUGGCUUCACAGAUCUACAUGAGUCUCUUAAUGAACUGGAGGACAAUGACCUGGAUGCUCUGAUGGCUGAUCUCGGAUCAAAAUCAACCAGCCCAGAAGAGAAACUCCCCACGGAUGAACAGUCCAGCAGCUGUGCAGAUAAUCAAACAGCAGCCGUGGCUCUGGAGCCUGAGCCAGCAGCUGCCCUUCCUCAGCCAUCAAACUCUGCUGAAUCCUCUGGAGGGCUACAGAUGAGCGAACCCCAGACAAAGGCAGACAAAAUUAAACUGGCUCUGGAGAAGCUGAAAGAAGCCAAAGUGAGGAAGUUGAUAGUAAAGAUGCUGAUGAGUGACGGCAGCUCUAAGACACUGAUGGUGGAUGAGAGACAGACAGUCCGAGAGGUUUUGGACACGCUGUUUGAGAAGACACACUGUGACUGCAGCAUCGAGUGGAGCCUGUGUGAGACCAACCCUGAGUUGCAGAUCGAGAGAGGCUUUGAGGACCAUGAACACUUAGUGGAGCCCCUGUCUGCGUGGACUCGCCUGAGUGAAAACAAAAUCUAUUUUGUGUCGAAACCGCAGAAAUAUGUGAUGUUCACAGACCCUCAAUUAUUUUACAUGUGGAAAAAGAAGACGGCAUGUUUGAGUGGAGUUAACGACCAAGCCAGACAGCUCUUACUCAAGGAGCAUUUUGAAGGUCCUACUGUGAUUGUUCCUGAUCUCGAGGGCAUGCUGUACCUCAAGGAAGAUGGGAAGAAGGUUUGGAAACCGCGCUACUUUGUGCUCAGGGCCUCGGGCAUCUACUAUGUACCCAAGGGAAAGACAAAGACUUCCAGCGAUCUCGCCUGCUUUGUCCAUUUUGAAAAAGUCAACAUCUACACCACCAACAACUACAAGCAGAAAUACAGAGCUCCCACCAACUUCUGCUUCAUGCUGAAGCAUCCCCGCAUCCAGAAAGAGUCGCACUACAUCAAGUUCCUGUGCUGUGACAACGAACACGCGAUGUUGCUUUGGGUGAACUCCAUCAGAAUAGCCAAGUAUGGGACUGCCCUGUAUAAGAACUACCAGGCUGCACUGAAGAGAACCUCCAGUUUUCAAACUCUCCACUCUGCUGCACAUAAAGACAGAUGUAACAUUAAUGCCCCUCAGAGCAGCCCACGUCUGGGUCCAGCUCCACCCAAAAUCACAAAUGUUGAAGAUGAGCCACCACCUGACUUCAUCCCUCCUCCUCCUCCUCCUGGACACACACAAGUUUGAGACACAUCUUCACCUUCUGAUGUGCAUCACGGUUAACUUCAGUUAGCCGGAUUUAGCCCAUUUAGCCUCCCAUAUGCACACGUCUGGACAAAUAUCCAACCAAUAAUAUGAUGUCAGUAAUGCACAAACAUGUAGUAGUAGUGUUACAAGACCAUGAUGCAAAGAAAAUUAAAAAGCUUUUACUUAUUCUCAGAUGUAUAAUACUAUUUAUUUGGUUUUGGAUAAAGUCCCUGCAACAUAUAAAUUUUUUGCACCUGUUCAAGCAGCUAGGAAAGACCCUAAAAAUUAAGGUAAAGGUAGAAAUUAUUUUAGUAAAGGACACAGAACUAUUGAGGAUGUACAGUAAAUAUCUAUCAGGGGAGGCCAUAACUGGUCUAAAUCCUUGAUAAGAAAGACAGAGAUGUUGCACAGAUCAACACUAGAGACACUAGUCAUAGUAUUAAUUCAAUGCCACUUUGACUGUGCUGCCACCUCCUGGUGUGAUAGUACACCGCAGUGCAUCAAAAAUAGGUCCAGAGUACCAACACAUGUAUAUCAGGGUUGUGUUAAAGUUACCUCUUUCUAUUCAUCUUGAUUCAGCAUAUUUAUUACAGCUUCCAGAGACAAUCAGAGGCAACCGAUUUAAUCCUUUUGAGAUUCAAGAGUUUAGUGGGCAAAUAUUUUCAAACUACUUUUAAACACAAUUGAAUGGAAUAAACUUCUAAUAUCUCUGAAAAUAAUUGAAGCAAUGAGGAAUUAAAAGCAGGCUAUAAAGAAACAGCCAGCAAAUAGUCUCAUAGCAGGGAACUUGCACAAAUUAACUGAGUGAUGUCCUUUUGUUUUACUUCUUUGGUGAUUAAAUGGAUUCUGUAUUUGCACCUGUGUAUAGUUUUUUUAAAGAUUUUUUUUUAUUAUUAUAGUGACGUAGAGAGGCAAUAAAGGCAGGGGAGUGAAAGGGCAGAUGACAUGCAGCAAAGGGCCAGACUCAAAACUGCACCACUGUGAUGAGUUCUUAUCCAUAGUCCAUAAGUUACCUAUAGUAGAUGGUGGUCGGCACAAUCCUCAGUUUGGAGAAGCAGGCUGGAGUGCAUCCAUGGAAGCUCAGCAAUGUACUGCUGUGGAUGGGGGCAGCAGCAAAACAUAUUUUUAGCCACCUAAAAAAAUCAGUUUAAUUGCACCUCAUAAUCAGAAUAUUUUCACUGCUCUACCUUACCGUCAGACAGCCCUUUCUGACGAGGAAGCCGUGAAUGGCCUCACCUGCCCAACUAUGCUCUCGUCAGAGCCACCUGACUCCACUGACAAAAACAGUCAUUUCAGCUUGCUGAAGACGGGAGCUGCUUGUCUACUGCUGCCUCCAUCAGUUAGUCUGUGUUACUGUAUGACUUUGGUAAAUCCAAACCGACUCUUGCUGACAAGACACACAAUAACAUAAACAAACUAAGAGGGCUUUCACAUCAGGGACCCAGGCAUGGAUAGGCGUACACUUGACCCCAAAGUACAUUUCCCCUAAUUAGAGAGAAUACUGUGUACUGUAGUCCAGCCCAGGUGGUCUCAAGUAUGGUUAAUGUGUACUCUCCUACAUUACCCCUCAGGUGUAAACACCAACUAUACCAAAACUCGGAAGCAGGCUGUUAUUUGACACAACUGCAAGGAGUUUUUACCGGUUAUAAAACAGUCAAGAGAAGAGACAAGAUGAGACAGGACGAGACAAGCUGCCACUAGUGCAGCACCAUCUUGAGAAGAAUAUAAUGCUAAUGCCUCUGUAUCAAACUGCAAGAGCAAAGCUUUGCCUACUCCACAGGUAGUGAUGGCCAAAUGAAGCCUCAUGAAGCAUUUUCUUAAUUUUCUGAGCAAAAGGUUGAAAACACACUGAAUUGCCACCAUUCUUUGAGCCUCUCUUCUUUAAACCAUGAGCGCCAUCUAGUGGGCUCAGAAAAUACAGAAAAUGCUUCAUGAGGCUUCAUUUGGCCAUCACUACUCCACAGGCCCCCGCAGAUGAUGAUCCCCAAGGUAGUAGUGUUGUCUGCAACAAACUUUUCUUCACUGUAGCUUAGAAAAAAUGUCAUGCAGAUGAUAAGGCAAGUGUACUUGGGAAGGGAACAACAUUGCUAAUGUGAGAGUGGAGUGGAGGGUGGUAAAUUGUACUCGGGCAUGGAGGGCAUUAAUCGGACCUGAUAUGAAAACACCCUAAAUGAUCGAGGCAGCAGUAGACCAGCAGCUCCUGUGUUCAGCCAUGCUAAAUUACUGUUUUUCCCAAAGGAGUCUGGCUUUGAAGAGAGCCAUGUAACAGCUUCAGCUCCUCGUCAGAAAUCGCUGUCUGACGGGAGGGUUAAGUGCUGAAAAUAUUCUCAAGAUAGCGUACACUGCGGCCCCCAUCAAUAGCAGUACGUAGCUUAGCUUCCAUGGUGUUACUCUUGCCUGCUUCUCCAGACUGGGAGCGUGCUGACUGACAUCUACUGUAGGUAAUACACUGACUAUGGAUGAGCACCUCAUACAACCCCACUUGAGAAGAUCCAUACUGUCCUUUAUUGGUCCCUUUUAAUGGUACACACUCUACCCAGUGAGCUAGUGAUGGCCAGGUGAAGCAGUAUUAUGUGUAUUUUAUGAUGUUUUAUGUGAAAUAAAUCUCUCAAACUUUACGACACACAAAACACACAGCUGUGUUCAUUGUUUCAAUGAGUUGUUUAUUACAAAAAGACUGUACAUAAAUUUCAAUGAACACAUCAUAUGUACAAACUGAGAGGAGAAGACAAAUAUUGGAUUCUGUUCCCAUGAACAUUUAAGUUACUGAUUUUUUUCCCCCCCGUUUCAUCAUUAAGAAAACACAUCAAAGAAAGGCGCCUUGACCUGUGAUGCCCUGAAAUGCUAGACGUUAAGUGGUAAACAUUACAAAGUUCUGCACGUCAGUGGUUGUCUCAUGAUUUCUCUAUGAAAAAGUAUAAAUAAAUCCUUUACAUACAAACUGCUAGCGAGCCUUCCUCAGCAGUCUCCGACACACAAAAACAAGUUGAAUGCAAAGCUAGAAAUACGUUAGGUAGAAAAAGUUGUUUUCUCACAAAAAAUUACCUCAUGAUGGAAAAAAUACAAUCAAGAAUGGGAUGUAGUGGCAAAUCAUUCACUGUAAUGACGAUACUUUCAUGCACAAUGAAUACUGUUCAUAUGACCGAGUCGUUGUCUUUUCUGAUCUGUGUGGAAACCUGAAAAUGUUACCGCUGGAUAAAAUCCCCCUCACAACAUUAGGAAGUCUGUGUCAUUUCAAAAUAAAAGUUUGUGUUCAAUGCCCAUUAUUCCCAAAGUACAUAUGAUUAUGUUUGUUUAUGUGACUUGUUACAAACAUCUGAGAUAAACAUUAGCUUCAGUGGUAUCUGACAGCGGGUUUUAAUGCAGGGUUCAGACUACAGGAUAUCAGCCCGAUUUUAGCCUGACGCAGCUGUCCUUCGGUGUCAGCUCAGAUCGUGAACGACAGUGAGUGACGUUUGCGAUAAUAAAUCGUUUUAUCCUGUGUAGUGUGUCAUAGUCGACAACAACCAACGCCUUGUCUGGGACACCUCACAACGUUCCAACAGAAAGACUAGCAUGUUUGAUUUUCUUUUUCUUUCUUCUUCCACGACUCUUUCCAUCACAGCCAUCACUUUGACCAAUAAGAACACAGCGAUGUGCCACUGUAGACAAUUGUGAGGCAACAAUACCCCAACCUUUUGGAUAUGUCCUCUUGAGAUGCUACCACACAGAGUAAAAAAGGAAAAAUGCUGGCAUGAAACAGCAGCGACACUUCAGCAGCCUGAUGAGUACUGCGGUUAGCAUCAAGCUAGCAAAGAGUGCUAAUUCGCCAUGAUAAUCCCAAAUGGUGUCUAAACCUUUACUUACAACAACUACAGAGGGUACCAACUUUAUUUGAAACUUCAUUAGACACAGGCCUUUAUUUCUCAUGCCCUCUGUAUGUUUCUACUUUUAAUCCCUUCCUGUUUGCCCUGUUAAAUUUAACGCAUCAUGCUGUCAUUUCAAACUCAACACUUCCUGUAUCCAUUUGAAAUUAAAAGCCCCUCAUCGCUUCGGUGGAGAGAAUCCCUUCAUUUUCUAAACAGGCUUUUAUUGUGAAACACUUGCAGGAAUUUGUUGCGGAGAAUUCAGUCACUUGCACGGUACUUCAAAUAUAGCUCCUGUCAUCUGACGGCACUUUUUCCUUACUACAAAAACAGUUUGGCUGGGACAUGAACAGCCACAGUGACUGAAACAUAGAUAUUAAUAAUACCUAAAUACCAGACACUGAGAUGGCACCUAUUCAUUCCACUGGAAUUGCUCGCCUGGCACGUACACCUGCCUUCUGUUGUAUAUGGCCCACUGAAUAUGCACAGUAGUGAUUCUCCUGUUGGCCGCGCCCACAAGUUCCUGCUUGGCUCAUAGAGUUUACACUGUGAUGACGACAGAUUUUUAAAUCGCUUUUCUUGGCU